CCCGGACUGCGUGCGAGCUGUGCCUGAGACUGGGUACUGAGAGUGCCGGCUAUGAGGAUCACUCCGCACGCGAUGAAGGCUUGCGGAAGCCGCGCGCCAUUUUGGGUGGCGGAGCUGCGGAGCGGCGGGUGAAAGUGUUUAUCAUGUUGGGCUCUGGGUUCAAGGCAGAGCGCUUGCGAGUCAACCUGCGCCUCGUCAUCAAUCGCCUCAAGCUACUGGAGAAAAAAAAAACUGAGUUGGCCCAGAAGGCAAGGAAGGAGAUUGCAGAUUACCUGGCAGCUGGAAAAGAUGAGCGUGCCAGGAUUCGUGUGGAGCACAUCAUCCGUGAAGAUUACCUUGUGGAGGCCAUGGAGAUCCUGGAGCUGUACUGUGAUCUGCUGCUCGCCCGCUUUGGCUUGAUCCAGUCCAUGAAGGAGCUGGAUUCUGGCCUGGCAGAGGCAGUAUCGACACUGAUUUGGGCUGCACCACGCCUCCAGUCAGAAGUGGCCGAGUUGAAAAUUGUUGCUGAUCAGUUGUGUGCUAAGUACAGCAAGGAGUAUGGGAAGCUGUGCCGGACAAACCAGAUUGGGACAGUCAAUGACAGGCUGAUGCACAAGCUGAGUGUGGAAGCACCACCCAAGAUCCUGGUGGAGAGAUACCUCAUUGAGAUUGCAAAGAACUACAAUGUGCCCUAUGAGCCUGACUCAGUGGUGAUGGCUGAAGCCCCGCCAGGUGGAGAGGCAGAUCUAAUUGAUGUGGGCUUCACGGAUGAUGUGAAGAAGGGUGGCCAUGGAGGGGGCGGAGGUGGUGGAUUUACAGCCCCAAUGAUAGGUCAUGAUGGGUUAGUACCCAUGCCCGUGAUGAUGCCUAUGCCCAUGCCAACAACAAAUCCACCCUUCUCUUAUCCACCUCCUAAGGGACCGGAGAACUUCAGUGGCCUGCCAGUGGGGACCUACCAGCCUUUCAGUAACAUCCACCCACCACCAAUUCCGGCAAACCCACCCACAUAUGAGUCCAUUGAUGAGCCUAACGCUGACAAGGAUGCUGCUGCACUAGUGCCUGGGCUUGAGCCCAAGCCAGAAGCUUCUCCUAAACCAAGAGCUGGAGCUCCUAAUACCUUUGAUAACUUUGUACUGCCUGAAUUGCCAUCUGUGCCAGACACACUGCCAACAGCAUCUGCUGGCGCCAACUCUUCUGCCUCAGAAGACAUUGACUUCGAUGAUCUUUCACGGAGGUUUGAGGAGCUGAAGAAGAAAACGUAAAACUUCCUGGGCUGCAGGAAGGAGAGGAAGGAGCUGUGUGAUAUCUCCUCUCUGAAACAGACUCUCUUUGAAAUUGGUUUCCUGUAUUAACCUCCAAUGAACGUGCUCUUCUUUUUGAGCUCUCUUCCUGCUGUACUUAAACCAAGUGCUGCCGCUUUCCUGAUCUUUGCUGCUCCAGGAGAUGAACUAUGGCCCAUCGAGGUCUGGAGGCGAGGCACGGAGGGUGGUCUCAUGGGAUACGCAGCAGCACCUUGUUUACCCUACCCGAGUCGCGGGGGAGGCAUCCCGGGACUGUAACGUACCCGUUGGUGACACUCUGCAGCUGUGCCGUGGCUGUUCCUGUCCCGUCCCUGCCCGCUUCCCGGGGCUCGCCCUCUGCCCCUCCUUCAAUAAAGCGCGGGCCGGAACUUGUCGUCGCCUCUGCUGCGCCG